GUGAAGGCCACGUGAAUUGCGGGCAGUUGCUGAAACUGAGGUUUUCUCCACUUUUAUGACAUGACAACUGUUUGAGAAAAUGUCAGUGGAAAAAAUAAACGGGUUUAUUGCUUGUCCUGCUUGCAGCAUCAGUCACUUACCCGCCAGUGGACAAAUACAUGAUGGUGUGUAUGCUGCAACAUGUGAAGGCUGUGGUCACUUCUUUAAGUUCAAGGUCAACUUGCCUGUUAGGUCAGAGGUCAGUUUUGUUGUCAAUGGCAAAGAGGUCACAGUAGGGAAUGAGUAUGACCCAGCAACCUCACUGAAUGAGUUCCUUAGAGACAGUCGGCUCUCAAUGGGUACAAAAUACAUGUGUAGAGAAGGAGGGUGUGGUUUAUGUGUUGUCGUGGCAACAGGUUAUGACCCUUUGACAAAAAAGAAAAAGAGUAGAGCCAUCAAUUCUUGUCUGUGUCCACUAUACAUGUGUGAUGGUUUAGAGAUAACAACCAUUGAGGGUGUAGGCAGUCUGAAGAGUGGCUUACAUCCCAUACAGUCCCGCCUUGAUAAAUACAAUGGCAGUCAGUGUGGCUUCUGUAGCCCCGCCCAGAUCAUGAAUAUGUAUGCGUUACUGGAGGAAGAUUCCGAGCCCAGCAAACGGAAAGUAGAAGAUGCUUUUGAUGGAAUUAUCUGCAGGUGUACAGGAUACAGAUCUAUCCUAGAUGCUAUGAAAUCAUUUGCUGAUGAUGACUGUUCCAUAACAGAUAUUGAGGAUCUGAGUACAAAGUUCUGUAAGAAGACAGGGGAACCGUGUAAAGGGAACUGUAGAAAAUCUAAACUAGAGCGUCCAGUCCACAUGGUACUGAAAGAUGCCCAGUGGUUCAAACCCACAACCUUGAAGCAACUGUAUGACCUUCUGGAACAGUUCAAGGACAAAUCUAUGAGACUAGUGUUUGGUAGCACUGGAUCAGGUGUAUAUAAAGACAUAGGACCAUGGAUGUAUGAAAUACUGAUAGAUCUUCAUGCGGUAGAAGAGCUGUAUACACUCAAAAUGAAACCAGAUAUACAGAUUGGUGCAAACAUCACCAUCUCCCAGAUGUUGGAAGCUUUAAGUGACGAUGAUGUUCACGAUACAGAGCGGCCAUAUUUGACAGAAUGUGUUGACUACAUGAAGAAAAUUGCACACACAAACGUCAGAAAUGCAGGAAGUUGGGCAGGUAACUUGAUGAUGAAACAUGCACACCCCGAGUUUCCAUCUGACAUGUUUGUUAUGUUAGAAACCCUGAAUGCACAGAUUUACAUUAAUGGGCAGAUAGCAGUCACUCCGAAACAGUUGUUGUCUACUGACAUGACAGGAAAAGUGAUCACACAUAUGACCCUACCUAAAGUGGACAAAAGCACGAAAACUAAAUUCUACAAAGUGGCUAAAAGAUCACAGAAUGCCCAUGGUUACGUCAGUUGUGGAUUCCAGAUGAACGUUGAUAAGAACAAUCAUUUCCUGGUGAAAGGUUCUCCCACCAUUGUGUUUACUGGCAUCAACAAGAGUUUUGUGCAUGCUACCCAGACAGAGAAGUUCCUGGCCAAUAAUUAUCUAGGAGAUGCUGUUGUAUUAGACUCAAGCGUUGACUUAUUGCGAGGAGAUUUGAACCCGGACAGGGACCCACUGGCAGGCAGUGUUAAAUACAGAAUGGAUCUGGCUGUGGCUUUAUUUUAUAGGUUUGUUCUCCAUCUGUAUGGAAGGAAGGCUGACAAGAGACUGCAGAGUGGAGCAUUUCCACUGGAACGACCUCUGUCCUCUGGCAAACAGUCUUAUGGUACAAAGAAAGAUGAAUGGCCCCUUACAGAACCUCUGCAUAAGUUAGAAGGAAAAGCACAGGUGACUGGUGAAGCAGUUUACAUCAAUGACCUUCCACCUGCCCCAGGAGAACUCCAUGCGGCUUUUGCUGUUACAACUGUGGGAAAUGCCAAAAUAGCCAGUAUUGACAUUUCAGCUGCAAUGGCAAUGAGAGGAGUGGUGAAGGUUCUGUUGUCCAGUGAUAUACCAGGGAAGAACAAUGCCAUGCCAGCACCAUACGCACCAGAGGAGGUACUCUGUAGUGGACAGGUCAUGUAUGCCGGACAGGCUGUGGCUAUUGUAGUAGCAGAUAAUGAGGAUACUGCAUUCACAGCAGCAAAAGCUGUCAAAGUGACUUACACAGAUGUUAAACCACCUGUUUUAACCAUUGAGGAAGCAGUAAAAGCCAAGAUGAUCUUCCCUGAUGUAGCUAAAGACAUUGUGGUAGGAGAUGCUGAAGGAGCAAUAGGCAAGUCAGCACACGUGAUUUCCGGUAGUAUAAAGUGUGGAACACAGUACCACUUCUCCAUGGAAACACAAGUGAGCAUCUGUAUCCCAACUGAAGAUGGAAUGAAAGUACAUGCUUCCUCACAGUGGAUAGACUAUGCACAGAAAUCUAUUGCACAAGUUCUUGGUGUUCCAUGUGCCAGUAUUGAUAUAGAGGUGAAGAGAUUGGGAGGGGCUUAUGGUUCCAAGAUCUCUAGGAACUUUGGUAUAGCCUCAGCAUGUGCCGUUGCUGCACAGGUACUCAACAGACCUGUAAGGUUGGCCAUGAAUUUCCAUACAAACAUAGAGAUGGUAGGAAAGAGAUUCCCAUACCUGGCUAAUUAUGAGGUUGGUGUGACAGAUGAAGGGAAACUGAAUGGUAUCAAGGUGACCUAUUACUGUGACUGUGGUUACGCUGUUAAUGAUUGUACUGUAGGGGAUAUCAUGUAUAUGGGAGAUAAUGCAUACUAUUGUCCAAACUGGCAUAUGGUUCCUGUAGCAGUUCAAACCAAUACAGCAUCUAACACAUACUGCCGGGCUCCAGCCUCAACUCCUGGAAUUUUUGUCAUGGAAACAAUAAUGGAGCAUUUAUCAAAGACACUUGGCAAGGAUCCAACAGAACUUAGACAACUGAAUCUGUACAAGAAAGAUCAGGUGACUCCUGGUGGUAUGUCCUUGACCUACUGUAGUAUAUCUGGCCUCAUGUCACAACUGGAGCAGACGGCAAAAUUUGCCAAAAGACAACAACAGAUAAAAGCAUUCAAUAAGGCAAAUCGUUGGAAGAAGAGAGGUAUGUCAGUGGUGCCGUUGAAGUAUGGUGUCCCCUGGAACAUACAGAAUUAUGGGGUCAAUAUUGCUAUCUAUGCACAGGAUGGAACUGUUGCUUUGUCACAUGGUGGCAUUGAAGUUGGACAGGGUAUUAAUACAAAGGCAGCUCAAGUUUGUGCCUUUGAGUUGGGUAUUCCUGUGGACAUGAUCAAAAUUAAAGCAACUAAUACACUCACAGCUGCUGGUAGUUGUUUUACUGGAUCUAGUGUAACUAGUGAACUAGUGGCUAAAUCAAUAAUGAAUGCGUGUAAGGAGUUAAAUGACAGACUUCAACCUGUCCGAGUAAAGAUGGGAAAACCAACUUGGUUAGAACUUAUAAAUGAGUGCUACGCAGAGGGUAUUGACCUAGCUGCACAUAGCUGGUUCAAACCUCACACUGACCUACACUACAAGUAUAACUCUUACGGUGUUACUUGCACAGAGGUAGAACUUGACGUUCUCACAGGAGAGCAUGAGAUCACACGUGUAGAUAUGCUGUUUGACUGUGGAGAAAGUAUAAAUCCGUUCCUAGAUGUAGGACAAGUUGAAGGAGCGUUUGUGAUGGGUAUAGGUUACUGGCUGCUGGAGGAAACUAUUUAUGAUAAACCAACUGGGAAAAACCUGACCAAUGGCACUUGGGACUACAAGCCUCCAUCAUCGAAGGAUAUACCAAUAGACUUCAGGAUACAGUUGCUGAAAGAUGCACCAAACCCUAUUGGCAUUCUAAGGUCCAAAGCUUGUGGGGAGCCCCCAUUAUGUAUGAGUUGUUCAGUGUUGUUUGCCUUGAAACAUGCAGUGGAGGCAGCCAGACAGGAGGUUGGCAAGGAUACGUACUUUCCUCUAGAUGGUCCAGCAACAGUUGAGAUCAUACAACAAGCUUGUAUGACCAAUAUUGAAUCUUUCAAGAUGACCUAGAUGUUGUGUUCAACAUCAUAUAGCUUGUCUGACAGAUACAGGAUUUUUCCAGAUGUCUCCCAUGAGAUCAUUCUGCAAGCUUGUUGACAUAUACUGAAUUUUUUCAAGUUGACCUAGAUGCCCCCAUUGAGAUUAUACAUCAAACUUGUAUGACAGAUAUUGUAUUUUCAAGAUAAACUAGAUGUCUCUAUUGAAAGCACACAGCAAGCUUGUAUGACAGAUAUUGUAUUUUCAAGAUAAACUGGAUGUCUCUAUUGAGAUUACACACCAACCUUGUUCGACAGAUAUUGUAUUUUCAAGACGAAUAAGAUGUUUUCAGUGAGAUCAUACUUCAAGCUUGUAUGACAGAUAUGGAAUUUUUAUGCCCCCAGAUACAAAGUUUAUGGCGGCUAUAUUGGAGUCACACAUGUCUGUCCUUUCAUCCAUCCAUCCAUCCAUCGCUGUAUCUUCUUAACAGCUGGGAAGAUUUUCAUAUAACUAGCGUCGUUUGUUAACUAUAUCAAGAUGAUUUGCAGAGUGCACAACUAAGGUCACUAGGUCCGUGGUGAGAUCACACUUGGAGGUCAAUGGUCAGACAGCUUAAAGUAGCAUCAGUUAAUUACCUCAUCAGGAUGAUGUGCAGAGCAUACAGUCCAAGACUUCAGGUCCAAAGACAAGGUCACAUGUGGAGGUCAAAUGUCAAAAAGCUUAGCUUUGUGUCUGCUCUGUAUUGUCUAAAUAGCUUGAAAGAAUUUAUAAAGCUAGCACUGAUUGUUUAUACUUCAUCAAGAUGACAUGCAGAGCAUAUGACCCAGGUCACUAAUGUCAGUUUCACAGUUAGAAGUCAAAGAUCAAAUAGCUUCAGUUUGUGUUCACUCCAAAUCUUCAUUACUAUUUGAAGAGUUUUCAUACAACUAGGAUCAGUUGUAAAUCUCAUCAAGAUGACUUUCAUCUAGUGUACAGCCGAUGUCAGUAGAUAUUAAAGGUCAAGGUCAAGGUCACACUUUAAGGUCAGAGGUCAUGAUCAAAACAUUUUACUUUCCCUGUAUCAAAGCAGCAUCUGGGGGUAUUAAUCACAUUCAGUAAUAGCUCCAGUUCAAGGUGAACUGAAUGUCUACAGUGAGAUCAUACAGCAAGCUUGUAUGACAGAUACUGAAUUUUUCUUUAUGCCCUAGAUGUCCACAUUGAGAUCAUGCAACAGGCUUGUAUGAUAGAUACUAAAUUUUUCAAGAUGAGCUAGAUGUCCCCAGUGAGGUCAUACAGCAAGCUUGUAUGAAAGGUACUGAAUCUCCGUGUUCCAAAGUUAUAAAACUAAGUUUGACAACCAGUCUCAGAAUGCAGUCUUGAUAUUGGUCUGUUUCUAGAUCUUGAUCAGAAUCAGCCAAUCAGAGUUAGGUAUUGAGACUGGUUUUCAAACUCAGUUUUGUAAUCUUUGGGCUUUAUACUCCACAAUACUCCAAAAAUACUAUUUCAGGUGGAAAAUGUUCUAGUUUCACUUUUGUAACAGGUUUGUCUGAAACAGUUUAGGUGGAUCAAAACAUUUUAUAAUAUUUGAUAUAAUUAACUAAUAUAAACAGCCAAGUUCGUGCAGAUAUAAACUGAGAUAUUUAUAAUGGACACAAAAUAUAUUUUUUUAAUUAUUUGGUUUUGAUUUGUUGUAUAGAUUACUAUAUGAAAAUUUUGUUAAGUCACCUGUAUAUGUUAUUAUUUUAGGUAUGAAACAAGAUUUCCUCAUACUACAGUAAUCAUAUGGGAGCUUGAAUUUAUUUACAUGCUUUUAUUUUAUGCUAAUUUUUCAUUUUAUAUAACUAGAUAUGAUAUAUUUUAAAAAUUCAUUUAGUUUUCAGCUUGUUGCCAUCUAUGUUGAAAUUUUUGUUUUAUUUUAUCAUUCCAUUUAGAGCUUCUAUCAGUUGGCUGUAUAGAAUUUUUAGCCAUUUGACCUCUAGGUUGAAUUUUUCAUAGAACUAAGAGCUUAAAUAGAAUUUUGAACAUAGUUUUGUAUAAUCAUAUAUUUUUUACCCAUCCCCACCCCCAACACAGUGGCCUUGAGACUGAAAAUGUCUUUGGCUCAAUAACUCAAAAACCUUUGAGUCUACUGCCUUCAAACUUCAUAAGAUAAUUGCCAGUGGUCAGUAGAUGACCUCUGUUGUAUUGGGGGUCAUUAGUUCAAAUGUCAAGGUCUUAGUGAUCUCAGGAUCUAAAAUGGGACAGGCCAUUGUGGGGUGGGGGGAUGUGUAUUACAAACAGCUUGUGUAUUUACUCAUUUUAAAGCUUACCUCAGUAAAUGAUUUGGAAUGUUCAGCGUUUUGCUAUCUUGUUUUAACUGUUUAUUUUAUAUAACUGGGUAUUUAAUCACUUGUUUAAGUGCUUUUCUCAGUAGCAGAUUUAGAUUUUUUAGCAUUUUGCCAUCUUGUUUGUACUUCUCAUUUUUGAUAACUAUGUAUUUAGUCAGUAUUUUUUGAGCAUAUGUCAGUAGGAGAUUUAGAAUUUUCAGCAUUUUGCAAUCCUGUUUGAACUUUCUAUUAUAUAUAAUUUGGCAUUUUAUUAUUUGUUUUAGAGCUUACCUUAGUAGAAGAUUUAGAACUUUCAGCAUUUUGCCAUCUUGUUUGUACUUUUCAUUUAUUUUGAAUGUUUCAGAUAUAAGAGCUUCAGUUGUCACCCACUUUUUGGUCGCCAUGUUUGUAUCAUGUAAGUUUUACAUGUAAGCAGAUUUUUCUAAAAUUACCAGACUAAAUGCUUUCAAACUUCACGCGUGGCUUCGGCAUCACGAGUGACUUGACCUCACAGGUCAAGUUACAUAAAUUUAAUGUUGUAAAAAUUAUGCCCCAUUUUAACUUAGAGAUUUUGGUUAAAGUUUUGCAUAUAAGCAGGUUUCUCAAUAACUACCUGGUCAGAUGCUUUCAAACUUUAUACAUGUUUUUUGCAUUAUGAGACGACCUCACAGGGAAAGUUACAUAACUAGCUUUUAUUUUGUUACAAUUAUGCCCUUUUUUAUAUGUCUGUAUGUCCAUCUGUCAUAUUUCGUGUUUGCAGCAUAACUUAAUAACCAUUCAGAGUAUUGACUUUAAACUUGGCAGAUUGGUAGAUGACCAUAAGACGAUGUGUAAAGCACAUAAGCCAGGUCUGUAGGUCAAAGGUCAAGGUCACAAAUUGAGCUCAAAGGUCAAAUUUGACCCUCAUAUUUCAUGUCCAAAGCAUAACUUAAUAGCCAUUCAAGGUAUUGACUUUUAAUAUAGUAUAUUGGUAGGUGACCAUGACAUAGUGCAGAGCACAUGAACCAGGUAGAUAGGUCAAGGGUCAAGGUCACAAAUGGAGCUCAAAAGUCAAAUUUGUCCUUCAUUAUUUGUGUCUGCAGCAUAACUUAUUAUCCGUUCAAGAUAUUGUCUUCAGUCUUGGCAUAUAGGUAGGUGGCCAUGUGAUGAUGUGCAGAGUGCAUGAACCAGUUUUGUUAGAUCAAAGGUCAAGGUCACAGCAAGAUCUGUCUGUCAUAUUUUGCGUGAAGAGCAUAAUUCAGGUAUUGACUUCAAACUUGGCCUAUAGGUAGGUGGCAAUGAGACAAUGUGCAUAGUGCAUGAGCUUAGUCUAUAGGUCAAAGGUCAAGGUCACAAAUUGAGUUCAAAUCUGUCCUUUGUAAUGUGUCCAGAGCACAACUUCAGCACUACUCAAGGUAUUGAGUUUAAACUUUGAAUACAGUUGGGUUAUGACGAGGUUAUUUGAGAAGUAUAGCAGUCCACAUCACCCUCCCCCACACACACACACAGCCCUACCGCCACCACAAAAAUUCUAAGGGCUGGGACGAUUUCAAAAUUUUGAAACCGGUUAAUCAUUUGUAUGAAAUUGAAUCGAACCGGUUAAUCGGACACCAUAUUGAAAAUGCUAUUUUCUUUCCUGAUGACCAUAUCAAGGUACUUCCAGCAGCUGAUUUCAUUAAGAAGUUAGGGACUUAUUCAUUUGCAAGCAGUGUGAUAAUUAAUAGGUCAUAUUUUGGUGUAUUUUAUUUUAAAUCUGUCAUGACAGACAAAUCAGAGACUAUUGAUUUCCGAUAUGUUCAAUGUGUUUUAGCGGAAAUAUACUGCGGGUCUAUGUGCUGGUCAAAGAAAUGUAUAAAGAUAAAGUACGAGUCAUGAUGUUUAUUGUUUGAGAGCGAUUAGCAGUUUUGCGAAAUUGAAACCAGUUUCACCUAGUAAUCGAAUCGGAUCCGAUUAACUGAGUAAUCUUCCCAGUCCUAGUUAUUUACCCCUUAUUUUAGAGCAUACCUCAGUAGGAGAUUUACAUUUUCAGCUUGUCAGCUGAAUUCAAGAGACAAAUUAGUGUUAGGUUAGCUCACCAUAAACUACCUUUACCCAUAAUGCAUGGUGCUGUACGAUUAUGCUUAUGGUAUUCACUUUUUACACUGUUUUUAAAUUUUUGGCAUUCACUUUUUACAUCGCUUGUUUGUGUUAUUUUGCACAUUUUUCUUGAACUUUUUUGUUGGUUGUUACAUUAGUUACACCACUUUUCUUACAUUCUGACCUUGUUACAGUACAGUAGUAGAUACUGUUUAGAUAUUUAUGGGUGAACUGCUGUGUUCAUGAUGUACAUAUAUUUACACACAAAUACAUUGUUAUGAACUUAAUAUUUUGAAGACUGCUUCAAUAGCUCAUUGGUAUUGGCUGCUGUGGUUGUGGUAGGUCAUGUGUUUACUCCCAUAUGGCAGCAUACAAGACAUGUCAAAAAUAGCACUGCUAGUGCCCUUCUUUGGUGCUCAGUACAUGUAUUUAAAAGAUAAUUUACCGGGAGAUAAAAUAAAUUCAUGUCAGUACAAUGUAUGUGUAAGCGGCUACCUUUCUGGAUACGCAAGAGCUUUGUAACUCAUACUGUCUGUUAAUCAUAUGAGAAGUUAUUUAAAGGUUACUGUUUUAAGUGUUUGUUUGAUUUUUAGCUCACCUGAGCAAUGCUCAGAUGAGUUUUUCUGAUCGCUCGAUGUCUGUCGUCUGUCAACAUUUAGCUUGUGUAUGUGAUAGAGGCUGUAUUUUUCAACUGAUCUUCAUGAAAUUUGGUCAGAAUGAUUACCUUGAUGAAAUCUAGGCCGAGUUUGAAAAUGGGUCAUCUGGGAUCAGAAACUUGGUCACUAGGUCAAAUCAAAGAAAAACCUUGUGUAUGCGAUAGAGGCUGUAUUUUUCAAUUGAUCUUCAUGAAUUUUGGUCAGAAUGAUUACCUUGAUAAAAUCUAGGCCGAUUUUGAAAAUGGGUCAUCUGGGGUCAAAAACUAGGUCACUAAGUCAAAUCAAAGAAAAACCUUGUGUAUGUGAUAGAGGCUGUAUUUUUCAAUUAAUCUUCAUGAAUUUUGGUCAGAAUAAUAACCUUGAUGAAAUCUAAGACGAGUUCAAAAAUGGAUCGUCUGGGGCAAAAAGUAGGUCACUAGGUCAAAUCAAAGAAAAACCUUGUGUAUGCGAUAGAGGCUGUAUUUUUUAAUUAAUCUUCAUGAAUUUUGGUCAGAAUGAUUACCUUGAUGAAAUCUAAGCCGAGUUCGAAAAUUGGUCAUCUGGGGUCAAAAACUAGGUCACUAGGUCAAAUCAAAGAAAAACCUUGUGUAUGCAAUAAAGGCUGUAUUUUUUAAUUGAUCUUCAUGAAAUUUGGUCAGAAUGAUUGCAUUGAUAAAAUAUAGGUCGAUUUCGAAUAUGGGUCAUCUUGGGUCAAAAAUUAGGUCACUAGGUCAAAUCAAAGAAAAGCUUUGUGUAUGCGAUAGAGGCUAUAUUUUUCAAUUGAUCUUCUGAAAUUAAGUCAGAAUGAUUGCCUUGAUGAAAUCUAGGCCAGAUUUGAAUAUGGGUCAUCUUGGGUCAAAAAGUAGGUCACUAGGUCAAAUCAAAGAAAAAACAUGUGUAUGUGAUAGAGGCUGUUUUUUUCAAUUGAUCUUCAUGAAAUUUGAUCAGAAUGAUUGCCUUGAUAAAAUCUACGUUAAAUCUGAUAAUGGGUCCUCUUGGGUCAAAAAGUAGGUCACUAGGUCAAAUCAAAGAAAACCCUUCUGUAUGCAAUAGAGGCUGUAUUUUUCAAUUGAUCUUCAUGAAAUUUUGUCCGAAUGAUAGCCUUGAUGAAAUCUAGGUCGAGUUCGAAUAUGGGUCAUCUGGGUCAAAAAGUAGGUCACUAGGUUAAAUCAAAGAAAAACCUUGUGUAUGCAAUAGAGGCAAAAUUUUUUCAACGGAUCUUCAUGAAAUUUUGUCAGAAUGAUAGCCUUGAUGAAAUCUAGGUCAGGUUCGAAUAUUGGUCACCUGGGUUUAAAAACUAGGUCACUAGGUCAGGUCAAGGAAAAAUCUGGUGUAUGCAAUAGGGGCUGCAUUUUACACUGGAUUUUCAUAAAAUCUGGUCAGAAUGGUUGCCUUGAUGAAAUUUAGGUCAAGGUCAAAUAUGGGUAGUCUGGGGUCAAAAACUAGGUCAAAUCAAAGGAGAAACUUGUGUAUGCGAUAGAGGCUGUAUUUUUCAAUUCAAUCUGACUAAAGUACAUCUCCUAUUACGCUACGCAUAGGAUCUGAAAACGACCUAUUCAUUGCCUCGUUCUGACGGCUCUUUCGCUAGCCAAUCAGAGCCUAGCUUACAACAUCUUGCAAAUCUACAUGUAGCAUUGACUUUUGAUAUUUACAAUUCUUAUGUCGUAAAGUAUCAGAUAGCCGGUUAGCUCAGUCGGUAGGCCACUUGCUUUGUAAGCGAGGGGUCCCGGGUUCGAGUCCUGGAAUAACCGCAUAUUUUUCUUAUCCUUUGACAAUCGAACAAGUCGUCUGAUUGGAUAACAUAAAAAUAGCAAUAAUGGAAAUCCAAAAUAUACAGAAGACGUAUGUGAAUAGGUCGUUCUCAGAUCUUCGUUUAGAAGAUCAAGUACUUUAGUCAGAUUGUUUUUCAAUUGAUCUUCAUGAAAUUUGGUCAGAAUGAUAGCCUUAAUGAGAUCUAGGUCAAGUUCGAAUAUGGGUCAACUGGGAUCAAAAACUAGGUCACUAGGUCAAAUCAAAGAAAAUACUUAUUUAUACUCAAGAUGUUUGCUCCAAUUUUAAUGAUAAUUGGUCAGAAUUUUUUUCCCCAUGAAAUCACUAGGUCAAACAUGUUUACACUGUUAUGGUGUGUUAUGGUGUGUUUCUCAGGUGAGCGACCUAGGGCCAUCUUGGCCCUCUUGUUAAUAUAUUUUGUUGGGGGAAAAACAACUAACUUGGUACUGGGAAUUAAUAUUGCAUUUGCAGGCAGAGAUAACAAGAAAAGUUGAUUCAGCAAGUAUGAGGGCUAAAUGGUUUUUGUCCUAUAUAACCGCAUUUAUGGUGUUUUAGUAGUUUUAACUGCUGUGAUUAAUGACUGUUACGCCAUGACAUGAGUUAUGCUAUUGACUGAUCUGUAUGUCAACACAGGUUUGCUGAGUAAAAGUCAAAACUUGAGGAAUAAAACUUAGAAAUUUAUUUUUAAUGUGAUUAAAGACUUUGAAUGGCUUGCCACUCAAAAGGCAAAACUUUUAGCCCUUGGUCCAAUGCUGAGACCUUGGGCAAAUACUUUUGACUAUAGACAGGAAAGCCAUUCAGUUGAUCUUUUCAUUUUGACUUUGUAAACUGAAUGUAAUAAUGUUUAUUGAAAAAGUCUUAUUUGAAACAAGAAAGCAAAGUUAGUAAUAAUAUUAUUAUUUCAAUAUUUGUUUUACCUUUAGAUAAUGAUCUAGUAGAAGAAAUUGAAAUGGAUAUGUUGUUUUCAUUUACUCCUUGUUGUUAUUGUUGUUGUUGUUAUAUUUUUCAUCUAUUUGGAGAGCAAUGUUUAGACUAUUUUCUUUUAUGUUGUUAAGUUUUGUUUUUACUUUUAAAAAAACCUUUAAACACUUUGCAAUAUUUUUCUUUGAAGAUAUAGCAUAUUUUGACUCUUCAUUAGAAUCAUUUGGGCUCAUCUAUCUUCUUUUCUCAUACAGCAAUGAGCUCUUAUUUUUAUGAUAUAAUGAUCUGGCGAUGUAUAUGUUCUAGGUCAGAUAGUGAAGGUCACGUGAGCAACUCAGGGCUGUUAAGGCUGUCUUGUUUUAUUAAGUAUUAGUUAUACGAGGGGUGUCCCAGAAGUUUGCAGAAUUGUCAUAUAUAACUUUCAUAAUACUGGUUGAUUAAACAAGAAAUCGGCAGGACAAUAUUUAAUAUUUCGAAACAAUACUGUAUAAGAAUCAAAAGAUUACAAUAAACAUGAAUUCGUAAACGGAUAUAGAGAAAUCACCUAUCACGCAACACCAGGAGCACAUAUGAUGUCGAUGAUGUUAACAAAACGUUACAUUAUACGUUCCCUGUUCACUUCUUCAGUAUAAUCCCCGCCGGUGUUUACACAUUUCCAGUGUCUGCUGAUCCAUUUCUGGGAUGUUUCCAUGAGAGUAGAAACAGUUAUCUGUGUGGUUUGCAUAAGGUCAGAGCUCGACUCAAAGCGUUGGCAGCGUAACUGGGCUUUGAUUUCCAGAAAAGGUUGGAAGUCCAUGGGGGCCAGAUCAGGACUGUAGGGCGGAUGCUCUUCAACAGAUAAUCUACCAUUACAGAAUCAAACAUGCCACUUUUUCCAGAAUGGCGGAAGCGUUGUCGAUCUUUUCAUCAGCUUCAGGGUUUCUGCUGGCGACAUCUGAAGACAUACGCACACUUUCACAUGUGUACGUCAUAAUUUACAGCUAAAUUUGAAUGGAAACAGCUAUGACGUUGAAAUUAUCAGGAAAUUACGUCAAUUCAUGCUGUAAACGUCACGUCCUUUCGCGGAAAAUUUAUCCGCUCUACAGUGAUAUUAACUGACAAUGUUUUAAAGAAAAAAAAUUUUGUUUAUAAUUGCCAAACCAUACUUAGUUUUUAAAAAAUCCCACCACAUUUCACGCAGAUUGGUGUUUGCAUUUGUGAACAAGGAUGUUAUUCCGUGAACUUCAGGGACACCCCUCGUACUUGGACAUUUUUGCAAUAAUUUUCUUUGAAGAGGUACUAUAUUUCAUUACAUUGGAAUCAUAGAAGCUCAUCUGCCUUCUGGUCACAUAUAGCAAUGAGCUCUCAUAUUUCUGAUUCGAUGAUUUGUUAGUUGUGUCACUAGGUUAACUUGGGACAGCUAAAGUCUGCAUAGAAGCACAGGUAAUUUGCCAUGGUAUGCAAUUUAAUUGCAAAAAAGUUAUCAUGUUUUUCUUUUAAAUUUUAGAUCUGUUGUGGAUCAUUUCCAUACAGAAAAAUCAAAUAAAUAGAAACAGCUGCAUUUUAAUCAUAGAAAAUAACAAGAGAUGUACCUAUUUAAUUAUUUUUAAUGAGAUUUUAUUGGUACAUGUAUAUUUUACUCACAAGCAUGUUUUUGAUAUUAUCUCAUGUUUUUGUAAUAUAAAAUUUUAUAGAUCUAGUUAUAUUUGUGUGCCAUAGAUUACUAUACUCAUGUUCUUUCCUUUUCUUAUACUUUCAUUGUAUACAAAGAGCACUUAUUAUGUCAAACCUGUUACCAUGAACAUGCCUUUAUGUAACAUGGAGGAUAUUUGUCAGGUACUGCAAAGGGAGAGAACCAACAUUUUCACAAACUUGAAACAGGAGUGAAAAUAUGCAAUUGUCUCUAUUUGCAGUGGCUGGUAAAUAUCAUUUGUGUGAAAAUUGAAAAAUUUUCUGCUUAUUCCAUGAUUACCACAGUUACGUGCAGUGAUUCAGAAGCUAUUCUGUCCCUGAAAUCAAAAUAAUGCCAUGUUGUUUUUGAAAAGCGAGUUCAAAAUACAAAAUUAUUGAUGCAACAAUUUUACUAAUGACUUUUCGAAUAGUUUAGUGAAAUCUCCACAUAUGCAUUUGCAGUAAUCACAAGUCAUUUUUAUAAUGGAAUAGUUUGCCAGCAGAAGUGUUAGUACAUUGUAUUUAUUACAUGUAUGACUAUUUUAUGUGAUAAAACAGCUAAUGUUCAGACUUCUCAGAUGCUUAUCAAAGAAGGAAAUCCUACAAGUACACAUGCAUGUACUCUUAUGUCUCAUUGUUUAAGACUGAUAACUAACUGACUGCUGUCUGUUAUUACCGAGUGCAUCACAACUGGCCGUGUCAUUUGCUGUUCUCUCUUUUUGUUUUGCUGUUUACCUUAUUAAUUAAUAAAAACAUUUUCUGUUUUAUUUGAGUGUAUUAGGAGUAUAAGACAUGUUGCAUGUUAUGUUGUUUUCACAAAGAGUCUCAUAACUUGGUGCAUUUUAUGUUGUUUUCUAUAAUUGUUGUAUAUGUAAUUACCUCCCUUUAUACAUAUCCAUGUUAGAUGCUUUAUACAUUUAAUCUAGUUAUAGCGUAUCGUUUUAUAUAGAUUGCAAUAAAACUGUUGAAAAAUAUGAAAA